AAAGUAACAAUUGGCCACCAGAUGGCGCUGUGAAGAGAGCCUCGGCUGCAGAUGGCUCCAACUAGUAGGAAGUUAAUAGAGGCUGAGCAGAGUGAACGUCACAUGGGCGACAGGGGCACAGAGGUGACGCCGGCAGCGGGGAUCAUCAGUGUGGAGGACUGUCACUGGAGACCCAAUCUCCUGGAUGUAGCUUAUGCGUAGCUGAUCCCUCUGGGUCUGGAAUGGAAGACAACACUUGGCAAUGGAGGUGCACUUGAUCAGCUCAGCACCAUGUCAGUUGUACGUGCCACUAUGCAUGCCAACUGGAUUGUAGGAAAAGUCAUAGGAACAAAGAUGAAAAAAACAGCAAAAGUGAGAGUGACGAGACUGGUGCUGGAUUCCUACUUGUUAAAGUAUUACAACAAGAGGAAGACUUACUUUGCACAUGAUGCCCAGGAGCAAUGUACAGUAGGAGAUAUCGUGCUGCUGAAAGCUUUGCCUGAAAGACGGAGCAAGCAUGUCAAACACGAACUGUCUGAAAUUAUUUUCAAAGUGGGCAGAGUAGUGGACCCUCUGACGGGGAAGUCAUGUGCGGGCACCAAAUUUCUAGAAAGUUUGGACGACAGUCAUGUAACCAACCUUAAUGAGCAGCUUCAGAGUCUCAAUAUUUCAGCGGGUAAAACUGAAGAGAAGAAGGGUGAUUCUUGAAGACAUAUAGUUGUGUUUAGGAAACAUUGUGUCAUUUAGAUGUAUCUUGAGAUAUAAGUAAUAAAAUUAUUUUUUUCUAUUUAA